AAUCUUACUAGCAAGCAGUUCUAUUCUAAGAAUCAUAUGGAAUGCACGGUGUUUUGAUGUUUAAAUGAUACAUAGUGAGUAUAAUGGACACCAAAGUGAAAAUCAGUGACAUCAUCAAAGGACAAUAUAGUUAUCGGACAGAAUUCCGACCAAAAGUGAUUUCCUUUUCAAAUACCGGCUAAAAUCUUGAAGGAAUUCUGCACGUGGGUAAAUUGUUUAAACUUCCACAAAUGGCAUCUCAUUAUACGUGAUUUGAUAUACCAAAUUCAAAUGGAAAGACAAUGAGAUCAAGGAAGAAACCCGAGAGAGAGGUGGACGAGGAUCUGGUGACCAGGACGAGCUGGGUCAACGCCGAGUUAGCCUACAAACAUGUCAAGAAGGGAAAGGCGGACGGCAGUCCGAGUGCGCUGUGGUUAAGAAUGCACAUACAGCGCUACAUGUUUAAAAUCGGUGGCUUCAUUCAAAUACAUUGUGGAAAAGUACUUUUUGUGGGAAUUUUAUUGUUAUCUUUGUGCUGUAUCGGAUUAAAAACCACCAGCCUACAGACGGACGUGGAGAAGCUCUGGGUUGAAGAGGGGGGAAGACUAGAACAGGAGUUAGAGUACACCCGGACGACGGUGGGGGAGGGGCGGGGCACGACGAGUCAGCUGGUCAUCCAGACCCCCAGGGCGGACUCCAACAUCCUGACCGUGCCCUCUCUACAGUUCCAUCUACAGACCCUGCUCAAAGUGGUGGACAUCUCGGUCGACAUGUUUGACGUAACCUGGAAAUUCCACGACCUCUGCUAUCUCCCGGAGUUUCCCAAAACGGAGGGAAGUUUCAUAGACAACAUCAUCGAGAGACUGCUACCCUGUGUCAUCAUUACUCCCUUGGACUGUUUCUGGGACGGCGCUAAGUUGCUCGGACCUGACCAUUCUGUCCACAUAGAUUUUGGUCUCCCCAUAAAAUGGACCAGCCUGGACCCACUAGGAUUCGUACAGGCGUACCGAGCUAAGUACCCCACCUACUCCGACGCCGCCCUUAUUGAGGAGGUCAUGAACAAGUCCGGGAUUUCCCGUGGGUACCUUGAUAAACCUUGCCUGGACCCGUACGACCCCGAGUGUCCAAGAUCUGCUCCUAAUAAAGCAGAGAGAUCUGUCCCGGAUGUCGGAGCUACGAUGACCGGGGGCUGUUCCGGGAUAUCCACAAAGUACAUGCAUUGGGACGAGGAUCUGAUUGUUGGGGGCGUGAGAAAGAACAGAACGGGACAUAUUGUUCGAGGUGAAGCUCUUCAGUCUAUCGUACAAUUAAUGGCCGAGAAAGAACUGUACCAGUACUGGUCUGAGAGCUACAAGACUCACAGCAUUGGAUGGUCGGUGGAGAAAGCAAAGGCAGUACUGGAGGCAUGGCAGCGGAAGUUCACACAGGUCGUCAAUAACGCACAAAACGGAACGAAUGGAAAUGAAAUUUACGGGUUUUCGUCUGUAUCUCUGGCAGACAUUAUGAAAGAAUUUUCUAGUCUCAGUCCUACGAGGGUAGCGUUAGGAUAUGUUCUGAUGGUAUUUUACGCGUGCAUCUCUCUACUGAGGUGGAAUAAUGGCGUCCAGUCCCAGAGCGGUGUGGGCGUGGCAGGUGUUCUGUUGGUCGCGUUGUCGGUGGCAGCAGGACUCGGAAUCUGCGCAGUGCUGGGAAUCAGUUUCAAUGCCGCUACUACACAAAUCAUUCCUUUCUUGGCGCUGGGUCUGGGAGUGGACGAUAUCUUUUUAAUGGCGCACACCUACGGAGAGAAUUCGGCCAACAAGCACAUAGAUUUCAACGACCAGACGGCCGAGUGCUUGAAGAGGACAGGUGUGUCGGUGUUUCUGACAUCCGUGACAAACAUCCUGGCCUUUCUGUCCGCGUCCAUCAUCCCCAUCCCGGCACUGAGAGCUUUCUCACUACAGGCUUCCAUUCUCAUCUUUUUCAAUUUGUUCAGCGUCCUUUUGAUUUAUCCAGCCAUAUGUAGUAUAGACUUAUACAGGAAAGAUGAUAAAAGGAUAGAUAUUUUCUGCUGUUUUCAAAGCUUUGCUGAAGCCAAAGACACUGUGAUUGAACUCCAGCCGCCCAAACAGAACGAUCUUUAUGAUCUUAAAGAACCAAGCCCACCCCCUAGUUACAACGAUUCCCUCCCCCCGAUUUACAGCUCUGUGGUCAAACACAACACGGUGGCCCGCUCGCUGGAGGAGGGGGGUACCGCCACAACCCUUGCCACGCCCUCUGUCAUUGACCUCCCGUCGUCGGAGGGGAUCUUCUCGUGUCGCUCGCGCUCUCUAGCGGCUGUGUGUCCUUCCACUUCAUCAUCUAGACAGUGCCUGACUCCGGCGCACGAGAACAUAUCGUGUGCCCAGCGGUUUGUGCGCUACCAAAGACAUAUACUUAACUCAAAUCUGGACUCUUUUGCCAGAAAUGUGUAUGGGCCUUUCAUCAAAAAGGCUUAUGUAAAAGUAUUCUCUAUUGUUGGAUUUAUUGUUUUAUUGUGUGUGAGUGUUUAUGGAAUUGUACAUGUGAAGAACGGUCUAGACUUGACAGAAAUUGUGCCAAAACACACCCCGGAGUACCAGUUCCUGACCGCUCAGUCUAAGUACUUCGGCUUCUUUAACAUUUACCUGGUCACCAAGAGUGGAGUGGACUACCCCAACAACCAGAGGCUGUUAACUCAGUACCACCGGUCUUUCCAAUCUGUGGACAAAAUCAUCAAACGGGAGGAUGGGUCACUCCCGAAUUUUUGGUUGGAUCUCUUCCGACAGUGGCUACAAGACCUCCAGAGAUCCUUUGACGCAGAGUACGCGGAGGGGCGGGUCACUCAGCAAGACUGGCGGCCCAACGCCUCGGACAGCGCCAUCCUCGCCUACAAGCUGCUGAUACAGACAGGGGACGUGGACAACCCCAUAGACAAGAGUCGAAUCCCCAGUACCAGACUGGUGGAUUCAGAGGGGAUAAUUUCUCCAGAUGCGUUUUAUAAUUACCUGACGGCCUGGGUAUCCAACGACGCCAUGGCGUAUGCCUCGUCACAAGCCAACUUUCACCCAGAACCCAAAAUCUGGCUGCACGAUGCUUUAGAUCGUGAUUUUAAAGUACCCAAAGCCCAGCCGCUAACCUACACACAGCUGGCGUUCUAUCUGAGUGACCAGACUUCCACAGAGGUCAUUCUGGACACUAUCAAGGCAAUCCGUGAGAUCUGCGACACUUACACGGAUCGGGGUCUGCCUAAUUACCCCAGCGGGGUCCCGUUCACGUUCUGGGAGCAGUACAUCAACCUGCGCUUCUACCUGGGUAUGGCCGUCCUCUGUAUUCUAUUGGUCACCUUCGUGGUCCUCACCCUGGUGCUGCUCAACCCCUGGCUCGCCACCGUGAUUGUAGUCGUACUGACUAUGAUGGUCGUGGAGCUGUUCGGGUUUAUGGGUCUGUCCGACAUCCGUCUGAGCGCCGUCCCGGCAGUCAUUCUGAUCGUCAGUGUGGGGAUAGGGGUGGAGUUCACAGUCCACAUAGCCGUGGGCUUUUUGACGUCCAUUGGAUCCAGAAACAAGAGAAUGACCAUGUCCCUGGACCACAUGUUUGCCCCGGUCGUUCACGGAGCUAUAUCCACCCUCCUGGGUAUCGUCAUGCUGGCGGGGGCCGAGUUCCAGUUCGUGGUCAAGUACUUCUUUAACGUUCUGUCCGCCCUGAUCGUCAUCGGUCUGUUGAACGGACUUCUUCUGCUGCCCAUCCUUCUGUCGCUGUUUGGACCCAAAGCUGAGAUCAGACCUAAGAAUGACGAGGACAGACUCCCGACUCCGUCACCAGAGCCCUCCCCCAAACCCGUUAAAAAGAAAUCGUCUUCUGUAUCCCGAUCCCGAGGAAGUGGACGCCAUUUCUACCCUCGGAUUCCCUCGGACGUUUCCCUUACCACCAUCACAGAGGAGCCCAGUCAGUACUCCUCGCAUGAGAUCGUGGUGGAACCGGAAGUGGUCGUGGAGACCACCACUGUUCCGACCAAUCCCGGUUCGAUUUCGAGUAGUGACGAUGAGAGUCGGGGGGAGAGGCCGCCACCGUCCAUGUCGUCUGCUCCUCAAACUCAUCACAUAACAAGGGUCAAAGCCACCGCCACAGUCAAAGUGGAAGUCCACACACCUAUUCCAGGUGCUGUGGAGAGUAUAAAUCACGAUCAUGUUUACAAAAGUAAAAGGCGGAAGAACAGGGACCCAGAAGCUCCGGAGUCGGACUCUGGGAGUAAAUCAUAGCAGAAGGCCAGUUACCCUGGUGACCUUACAAACAGUAUUUCCAGUCGUUAACGACAACAGUAUUCAUGUAGUGUUCUACUAUUGGUUGUGAUGAAGUCACGUGACUCCAGUGUUGAACAACGUCAGCGUCAAACGUUACGUGUGUUCGGACGGUUUAUCUACAAUGUGCUACAAAAACGUUCAGACUUUGAAUACGUGGUGUUUUAAUUUUUCAUUUGAACUACUCAUUUACGGGUAUUUUUCAUGGACUUCUUAUGGAUGAGAGUGAAUGUGGCGUGAGAUUGCGGACUUCAGCAGAGUAUGGGAGGAGUGACUGUAUUUAUUAGUGUUUCAAGUGAAAUGAGUGCACCUGUUUAGUGAUUCGUGAUCAACUUCCGGCCAUAUACUGGAGGAAUUCCGGUCCUAUGUCGAAUGUUGUUAAUUGUUACAUAUCAGGCUGGAUGGUGAACAUAUCAAUGUGGUUUUUUUCGUGUAUAUGCGUUAGUGUAUACUGUUUGUGAUAUAAGCUUGUUAAACCAAAGAAAUGUUAGAAAGCAUUACCUCGCCCCGAACGUUCAAAUUAUAACGUGUAUGUAUAUGCAAAUGCAUUAGAUUGUAGAAAUAUCUCAGGUUUAUUUAUCAUUGACAAAAAGCGUGAGGACUCGAUCUAAAGCCAGUAAAAAUGUAAUUAAUUUUAAUUUUAAUAUAUUUUGUACCAUGUUGGAACAUUUGUGUUGCUGUUGUUUCCAUGACAAUAUAUAGCGAUGGAUUUGGUGAAAUCCUUAAUUAUCCAGCAUUAAUUAUAUGUCAAAGGCGUGUCGCUCCCCUCCCCGGGGGGUCACGGCGCCCUCGGCUGACCCCAUCCUAGUUAGUUGGCAUUUACUAAGCACAUGUGACAUACCUCAGUAGAAGGGUGGGGUCAGCCGUUCACCUGUGAUAGGCCGCGUUUGUUGGCAUUAGCCGUUAAUAGGUCGACUUCUUCACUUAUAAGUCAAUAAAAUUCAUGUCUUUCUUA